AUGGAUCAUCACACUGUGUGCAAGCAAGCUCAGCCAGUCACUAGGAAAAUGAAGAAGAAACCUGGUAAAGAUGAAUUUGAUCGUAUUAAACAAGCUGAGAAGAAGAAGAGACGUCUCGAGAAAGCUCUGGCUACUUCUGCAGCUAUUCGAGCUGAGCUGGAGAAGAAGAAGCAAAAGAAACUGGAAGAACAACAAAGGUUAGAUGAAGAAGGAGCUGCGAUUGCAGAGGCUGUAGCUCUGCACGUCCUACUGGGCGAAGAUUCUGAUGAUUCAUCUCGGGUCAUGCUUGGCCAAGAAAAGGGUUUCACAAUGGAUCUCUUUAGAGGUGAUAGAAGAAACUAUGUUCCUCGCCAAAGCUGUGGUAGCUAUGCGGUGCAAGGGAUCGGUUAUGGGCUAGGAGAGCGUAGUUGGUCCCCGUUCUUGAGGGAUGCUUGGGAUAGCAACAUGGGAAUAUCUGCGGAUUUGAUUGCUGCUCAGGCUGUCUCGUCGCUAAAGAUAUCUGAGAACACUGACGGUGACGCCUUUGUGUUCAGUGGCAUGUUCCGGGGAUGA